CAACUGUCAACUAAUUAAAAUCGGAAUGUUGCGUUUUCGUCAGUUUUGAAUUUUUUAAUGCGCUUAACAUUCCAAUUUUCAGUAAAAUCAUGACUUAUAAUCUCAAUAAUAUUAAUCAUUACGUUCGUAUAUGCGGAAAAUAGCUUAAAUUCUACUUUUAUUUUACGUCGAGAUGGCAGUUUGUGGCCUUAGAACAGUGUUGCUUAUCAUUUGUGUACUUGAGUUGAUAAUUACAGUACAGCGGCAAGUUUUUGACUUUUUGGGUUAUAUGUGGUUGCCAAUAAUAACAAAUUUUGUUAAUAUAUUGUUGAUCAUAUUUGGAUCAUUUGGAGCUGUGUUAUGCAUCACUAAGUACCUGAUAGCAUAUGCAAUAUGGAGUUUCAUGUGGUUAAUAUGGAAUAUCUUUCUGAUUUGUUACUAUUUAAAUUUGGGUACUUUAAACCGGGAAAGUGGCUUGUUGUCCUUGGGGACAGAGAGUGUCAGUUGGUGGGAAAGCAAUGGUUGGGGGUGCCAACCAGUGUGGGGUGAAAUGGCUGGGCCCAUUGUGUGGAGGCCAGCAAGAGUGGAUGGUUGCUUUUUUCAGUGGUAUCAUAUAGAAAUUGGACAGUCAGCCCUGGGUGCUGCUUUUGCUGCAACGGCAUUGCCGCUCACUAUUGUUUUAGCUUAUACUACAUUUAAGAAACAACCAAAUUCAGAUGAAAGUUCAACAUCACGCCGCCCAGUAUACACAAUAGAGUUAAGUCCUGCAGAAACAAAUAUAAGUGAGAGUUCUCUGAAACCGAUGACUCCACGACGUGUCAAGCGCCGCUCGGGAUCACGCGGAAAUGGAUCGUCUGUGCGAAAAUCACGUCGGUCAUACAGAAAUGCAGGAUACCUAGCUUCUACAGCGUCAUUACCACGUGAGCCGAGAUCUUCGCGUCCCACGUCUGCACAUUCAUCAUAUUCGAAUUUCCAUGGAACUCGACCGGCGUCAUACCACGUUUCGCACAGUGAAGGUCCACUCCCAGAACCAGAGAUAAAAACAUACGAACCACCUCCCCCACCGCCUGUCGAGUCAGUUCCUAUUGUGACUAAUAGAUAUAGUACUAUAGGGCGAAACAGCAUUAAGUCAGGUUAUGACGUGGUCAGACCUUACAAUGAAACAAAUCCACCGAGAAAAUAUGACACAAAUAUUCCUGCCUAUGAUAAUGUGGAGCAUCCGUCCGGUUACGACAGGGGAUUAGUUGUAACGAAUUAUGAUGGUAGAAUGAACAAUGGCACCACAUGCGAGUCUCCUUCGUACGCGUACAGCUGUGCGUUCGGCGAGGCAUGGCGAACGCCACCGUUGAACACGCGCGCCGCGGCGCAGGCGCCGGGUCCGGGUGGUGUACCUGCUCCGCCGCCACCGGGACCGCCCUGCCCGCCCGGUCCGCCCGCCUACCAGGCUCUCAACGAACUAUACAAUGUGGCCCCAUAACCGCCAACCACUUUCGCUUUUAUGUGCCUUAUUCCAGUGAAGCUCACUUGUUGCAAGCCUUUUUUGGCAGUGCACAAAGUAAUCAUUUGUGCAUUAAAUUUGCAGGGUAAUUAUUUUAAAAUAAUUGUGUCUUUUAACAGUGAUUAAGCUCAAUAUUUCAAUUUCGUAUUUACUAUAGUCAUUGUUGUAAGUGCAAGUAAGGUUGAGAUCUAUAAUCCAGACUCGCAAGUGUGGCAGAAAAUUUAUAUAAUACUUAUUCCAUUUUUAAAUUGGUGUCCGAAAGCGGAAAUCGUCAUUUUAUUGGCUCCGAUUAAAUCCAAGUUUGCUGUAUAGAUCUCUUCCUUCAUUAUUGUUUUAAGAUUUAAGCUUUAAUUAUACUUACAUUUAAUUAUCAUUUAAACAGCAGUCGGUUGUGACAUGUGACCAAGUUGUUAAACUUUGUCAAAACCUUGUACUCGCCUAUUUCUAGAUAUCAUUAUUCAAUACUUAAUUUACAUAAUGAUCAAGACAAGAGGUCAUAAUACAGUAUCACAAAAUUCAAUAAUCUAUUUAAUUUAAAUGCAAUUAAAUAAUGCAGUACAUAUUUUUGGAUUAUAUGUGAUAAGAGUUAAAAUAUACCUUAAACAUUCCUUAAUAGAUUAUACACAUUCCACUAGGCAGUUAAAGUUUCGUAAGAGAUGUUUACUUGAUGUAAGAAGUAAUGACUGUAAGCAAAUUUUGUACUUAUACACACAAAUAUGUUUCAGACUGUCGAUCGCACAGAAAUCGAAUAAAAACACUCAAUUUGCCAUUUAGUAUUUGUAUGAGUGUUAUAUUUGACUAGAUGUGACAAGCUUUUAUAGGAUUUAGAAUAAGUACUUAUUACAUGUCAGUAUAUUUUUUAUGAACUUAUUGAUGAAUCCUGAGUAUUAUUGCUCCGUCCAGUAGUUAUGUUUAUUUACACGAAUCUCGUAUAAAUAGUGCGGUACAUGUAAUUAAUAUAUAAGUGUUUCACGCUACAAGUAAUCUCAUCACAUUAGUCGCGACGUGCAUCGAAAUUGACGCAAAAGUAAACUGUACUAUGUUUAAAUAAUUUUGUAAUAAUUUAUAUAUGAGAAAAUCUAUCAUACAAUUUAUACCAAAUAUACGUUAUUCAGAUCUGGCAA